AUGGGACAUGAGGAGCAUGGAGGGACUUGGCACAUGGACGCAGCUCAACUGGAUACGCAAAGGAAGAAGGGAGAAGCCAUCUUGAAGACCAGCUCGACCGUCUACUCGACCAACCGGUCGAGUUCCUCAACUCGACCGGCCAAGCUUCAACUCGAUCGAGCUGAGAAGCAUUCGGGCAAUCCGUUAUCUUGGCGUGGAAGAAGAAAUGACCAUUUCGUCCGAUGUAGACUUGAACGAGCUCUGUCAAACAGUGAAUGGGCGGAACUGUAUCCUUCCGGAAGGUGCGAGCAUCUGCGGUUUGAAGGAUCAGACCAUCGUCCUGUAGUCUCAUAUUUUGACCCUAAUAGACAAAAGAAAAAAGGUCUCUUUAGGUACGACCGACGCUUAAAGGAUAAUGACGAAGUCAAAGCACUUAUCACCAAGGUCUGGGAAGAAGCUUCAGAGGCGAACCUAAAUCAAAAGAUCAUUCAGUGUAGACGUGCCUUGAUAAACUGGAGCAAGAGCAAACAUUUGGACAGUCAAAAGCGAAUAGAGGAAUUAAAGCAGGGCAUAGAGGCUGAAAUCAGUAGUGCUUCCCCAAAUGAGGAACUCUCACUAAAACGAAAUGAAGAACUAAGACACGCUUACAAUGCUGAAGAAGCGUUUUGGAAACAAAGAAGCAGGCAGCUAUCGCUCCAGCUCGGUGAUCAUAACACCACCUCUUUUCAUGCAGCAACAAGGGCACGCUUUGCUAUAAACAAGUUUUCCGUCUUAGAAAAUGAUGCAGGGGAUGUAAUCUAUGAAGAGGAACAAAUGUUGCAGCCUUUACCUUUGGAGAUCAAGGAAGCGCUGUUUGGAACCCACCCUGACAAAGCCCCAGGGCCUGAUGGAUUCUCAGCAAGUAUCUUCCAAUCCAAUUGGAAUAUUGUGGGAGCAGAUAUUGUGUCAGACGUGCAAGGCUUCUUCAGCUCCGGAGUUAUGGCACGCAGUUCAAAUGAGACACACAUCCGGCUAAUCCCGAAAAUCCUGGCACCAAAAAAAGUUGCAGAUUAUAGACCGAUAGCGCUAUGCAACGUGUGCUACAAGAUUAUUUCUAAGCUAUUGGCAAGACGUCCACAACCUCUCCUAGAUGGUAUCAUCUCAGAAAAUCAAUCAGCCUUUGUCCCAAAAAGAGCCAUUUCAGACAAUGUCCUAAUCACGCAUGAAGUCUUACACUUUCUAAAGGUUUAA